CAGGCCUUCCUCGGCCUCCUAAACUUUUAUCAUGCUUUUCUCCCCCACAAGGCAGAGGUGGCCGAACCCCUGCACCGGCUUCUAGACAAGAACCGACCCUGGGCGUGGGGCCGCCAGCACGCUAAAGCCUUCCAGGAUAUCAAGGGCCUCCUGAUGUCCAACUCCGUCCUUGCCCAUUUUGACGAGACCCUGCCCUUGGUCCUUGCAUGCGACGCAUCCCCUUAUGGCGUGGGGGCAGUUCUGGGCCACCAACUCCCUGAUGGGACCGAAGUCCCUAUUGCGUACUACUCGCGGACUCUCUCGUCGGCGGAGCGGAACUACACCCAAAUCGACAAAGAAGGGUUGGCAGUCGUGGCCGGCGUCAAAAAAUUUCAUGAUUACAUCUACGGCCGGCCCUUUACCCUCUAUACGGACCACAAACCCCUCUUGGGCGAACUAUCCACCCACAAAGGCUGCCUACUAUGGGGCAACAGAGUCGUCAUCCCCAAACCCUUGCAAGACCAAGUGCUUAGAGUCCUGCACGAGGCACACCCGGGCAUAGUCCGCAUGAAGGCUCUCGCACGGAGCUAUGUCUGGUGGCCCGGCCUCGAUGCAGAAAUUGAGGCUUGGGUUAAAAGGUGCCCGACAUGCCAGGUGUCAAGGCCUGACCCCCCACGUGGCCCAGUGCAACCAUGGGAAUCCACCAAACCCCCCUGGUCAAGACUGCAUAUGGACUUUGCUGGCCCCUUCCAUGGGCGGACUCUACUCAUACUAGUGGAUUCAUACUCCAAGUGGUUGGAGGUGGUCCAGGUGCCCUCGCCAUCAUCACAGGCGACCAUCACAGCUCUGAGGGCCAUCUUUGCAACCCACGGGUUGCCGGAGACCAUCGUCACCGACAACGGCACAGCAUUCAUGUCCGCAGUGUUCCAGGACUUCUUGGCCAGGAACCUCAUCAGGCACAUUCGCUCUGCCCCGUUUCAUCCAGCCACCAACGGCCAGGCAGAGCGGAUGGUGCGCACGGCAAAGGAGUGGCAGCCCCGCACCUCGACCGGACUCAUAGACGAAGCAGCUGGGCAUUUCGGCAACCUAUUCGCCGGAGCGGGGGCCGAAGGAGAGGAUGUACUGGCUGGAGAAGACCGCGGCAGCUCCACAGCCAGACCAACUGAGGGGCCCGCCGGCCAAGUGGACUACCUGGGGUCAAAGCUGAAGGGGGCGGCGAGGCGAUGGUUCGUCAGCCUGUAUGAAACCCGGGGGCCCAAGCUGACCACCGUAGCGGGGUUCCUGCAAGACAUGUUGCAGCAGUAUGGCAACCCACUGCAAGAGGUCAGGGCCCUCACCGCCCUACGAGAGCUACAGCAAGGGGUGAGGACAGUGAGAGAAUACGCCGCCGACUUCCGAGCUCACUGCUCCAAAGUCUGA